GACCACAAUUUAAGAAAAGAGGGUCUAUACAUUCGCAAAUAAAGAUUAUUAGAAUCUUCUUCUUCUUCUCUAUUCUUUUACUCUGUCACCUCAAAUAACUGUGUAGACUCCCAAGUCCUAUUUUAUAGAUCUUCAAAGCUUCUUAUUUUCUUGAUUCUUUAUUUAACCCCACAUGUGUAUCUAUGAUUAAUUGUUUUUGUUAACGUAAUGGAACAGAUACGCUUUCUUUCCUUAAAUUCUUAAAUAUCUGUCUGUUUUUUUUUUUCUUUUUUCUUUUUCUGUACCCAAAGUCAACAUGCAAGUUUUGAAUCAGCCAACUUGAUUUAUAACCAAGUUCAAGAUAACACCUUUUGAGGUGCCCUUCAAAUAAGGGAAAAAACCAAAUUGUUUUGCAGGAGAAAAAAAGAAAAUUAAAGAUGAAGAAUAAUGAAGAACAAGCUUUGUUUUUAUUUGGUAUUUCACUUUCGACCCGACCCAGAUGGCAACAGUUCCUUUUGUGUUCUUCUGGAUUCUUCUUUGGGUAUCUUGUUAAUGGUGUUUGUGAGGAACUUGUCUAUAAUAAGCUUCAAUUCAGCUAUGGAUGGUACUUUACCUUUGUUCAAGGAAUCGUUUAUGUUGCUCUCAUUCAUUUCCUCAAUGGUUUUACUCCAAAGCAAAUGGUGAACCCAUGGAGGGAUUAUGUUAAGCUCUCUACAGUUCUCAUGGGCUCACAUGGUUUAACCAAAGGGUCGUUGGCUUUCCUCAACUAUCCAGCACAAAUCAUGUUCAAAUCCGCCAAGGUCUUGCCUGUCAUGAUAAUGGGGGCUUUCGUUCCCGGUUUGCGACGAAAAUAUCCACCCCAUGAAUAUAUAUCGGCUGUACUCUUGGUAGCAGGCCUGAUUCUUUUCACCUUGGCUGAUGCACAAACCUCACCAAAUUUCAGCGUAAUCGGCGUGCUAAUGAUAUCUGGUGCUUUGAUUAUGGAUUCCUUUGUGGGGAAUUAUCAAGAGGCUAUCUUCAAGUCGAAUCCUAACACAACACAGAUGGAGAUGCUCUACUGCUCAACAAUUGUCGGCUUUCCUAUCUUGUUUGUGGCUAUGAUUGUAACAGGAGAACUAAGGGUAGCAUGGCCUUCAUGUGCUAAGCAUCCCUAUGUUUACGGAGUCUUGGUGUUUGAAGCCUGCGCUACUUUCGUGGGGCAAGUGUCUGUCCUUUCCCUCAUAGCAUUAUUUGGUGCUGCCACUACUACAAUGAUUACAACUGCACGGAAGGCUGUAACAUUAUUGCUUUCAUACAUGAUAUUCACGAAACCUUUGACCGAACAACAUGGUACUGGAUUGCUGUUGAUGUCUAUGUGUAUCAUAAUGAAGAUGUUGCCUGAAAACAAGCCUCCGCAGCCUAGGCCGCAGAGAACUAUCCCACUUCAACAAACUGAAAAACCACGCGAGCCUGAAGAUAACAGAUUUCAAAUAGGCACUGAAGAGGAAGAAGAGAGAAAACCUUUGGUGUAAAACAUAAAAUAGCAACUCUAGCUUUAGGCUUAUUAUUUCAAUUUUGAUUGGCUUUUAGUUGUAAUAUGGCAUAAAAUGCUCGGCCUCUUUUUUUUUCUUUUUUCUUGCAAUUCAUUUAAGCUGGUAACAUUUGUCAGAAGUAAUUUGUUUCCUCUGAAGGCAUUUAGUCCCACUUA